AUGGCUCCAUCAUCAACAACAGGGGCAGGUACUCUGUAUCAGUACAUAAACUGCCGGAUUCUCAGAGGUGGAAAAAUUUUUCGUGAAGAUCUGUGGGUGAGGAAUGGCAAAAUCAUGAACCCUGAGCCGUUGUUUUUUGAUGAGAAAGUUAUCGCAGAUGUCAGGAUUGAUUGUCACAACUUGAUUAUUUCACCUGGAUUGAUAGAAGUUCAACUGAAUGGUGGGUUUGGAUACGAUUUCUCCACUGAUGUAGACAUAGAGAAGGGCAUUUCCAAGGUUGCUAAAGAAGUUCUGGCAUUUGGAAUAACUUCAUUUUGUCCAACCGUCAUCACUUCUUCGCCGACAUUAUACCAUAAGGUUUUGCCAUUAAUAAAGAAAUGUGAAGGAAGCAGCAAGGGUGCUGGAGUGUUAGGUGUUCACAUUGAGGGACCAUUCAUAAACAAAGAGAGAAAGGGGUGUCACCCGGUGCAGCUUAUACAAGACUUUGAUAAUGGCUUUUCUGACAUUCUUGAUGUGUACGGAGAUCUGAGCAAUGUCACCCUUGUCACUCUAGCUCCAGAGAAAAAGAAUGCUUUGGAGGUUAUUGAAGAGUUCUGCAAAAGGGGCAUAACUGUUUCAGUUGGACAUUCCAGCGCUAACUUGGUGGAAGGGGAAGCAGCUGUACGGUCUGGUGCCAGAUUUAUCACUCAUUUGUUUAAUGCUAUGUUGCCAUUCCACCACCGUGACCCACAUCUGGUAGGCCUGCUGACCAGCGACAAGCUCCCACAGAACAGGAAAGUCUUCUACGGCCUGAUCUCAGAUUGUAUCCACACACACCCUGCAGCUUUAAGAAUCGCCCACAGGGUGAACCCUGAUGGAAUAGUCCUUGUCUCUGAUGCUAUUGGGGCCAUGGGUUUGCCAGAUGGAACCUACCAGCUCGGAGAGCAGACAGUUGAGGUUCAAGGAUACGAGGUCUACAUAAAGGAUACUAACAUAUUGGCUGGAGGCACUGCGACUUUAGAUUACUGUGUGCGGUGCUUUGCUAAAGAAACAGGCUGUGGGCCAGUCUUGGCAUUGGAGGCCGCCUCAUUGCACCCAGCACAGCUUCUGGGAAUUGAUGACAGAAAAGGAACCUUAAACUUUGGUGCUGAUGCUGAUUUCAUCUUCCUUGAUGAUGGGCUGAAUGUCAAGGCCACAUACAUUGCAGGAGAGUGUGUCUACACAUCGUCCACAUGA